GCGUAUGUCCACAUCGCGAAUUAUAGGGUUCUCGGGAUUUAGGGUUUUAGAGAAGAGGAGGGAAGAAUGGAAGGCUCUCCAGCGCCAGCGGCGUUGCACUGGCACGGUGGCGACGACGCCAUGGACGAGGAUUUCUCGUUUGACGACAUUGAUCGCUGGGAGAUUGGCAAGGAGAGGCAGAAAUUUCGGCGAUACAGGACGCGGCAUCUUCCAAGCACGUCGCAGCUUGCCAAAGACUUGCAAAUUCCAGCCAAAGUGGAGCGGCGUCCCGAGCCAGAGCUUCCUAGCUUUCCCGAAGAGCCAGUGAUGGACAAGCAAGAGUCCCCGGUUGCUGUACCACGAAUCAAACAUGUCAAAGAGGAACCAGAUCAGCCAUCUGACGCUGGAGAAGAUUCAUUUGAGCGCUUUGCUUCUGGCGUGGAUACAUGGCUACACGGCUUCACGUCUCUUUCCGAGCUCUUGAGCGAGUUUGAAGACAUUUGCCGGGACCUAGCGGAGGCAGUCAGAGACGAGGCAGCUGAGAAGCAUCGAGCUGUAGAAGACAGGGUUCUACGUCAGAAGGCUCAAUUGCUACAUUCCGAGGCUUCAUCAUGGGCACUUCUGUGGCAUUUGUAUGGAAAAGAGGAUAGCAUGGAAGACAAUCAGAAAGCAAGCACAUCAGCCCAAGUCGCGUCCGAGUUUGUAAGAAACGAUGAGACUGCUCAAACAUGUCUUCGUCUUGUUCAGUGGCUCGAGAGUCUGGCGUCCAAGGAAUUGGAUUUAGAAAAGAAGAGGAAGGGAUGGUAUGCGGGAUCAUACACUCAAAAGUUAGGCCUGUGGGAUCAAACAAAACGUGCAAUCAAGAAAAAUAUUGGAACUCACUAUGUUCGACAUUUGGAUCCUGAUGCUCCAACUCGAGAAGGCUUACAGUUGCAUCCCGAAGAUCAGAAACUGGAAGAUGGUCUUUUAGAAGAUGUGUGGAAGCUCAUCCGAGCUGGAAGAAUCACAGAAGCGCAGGACCUGUGCCGCACGUCUGGACAGGCGUGGAGAGCUGCAAGCCUAGGUGGCUGCUUGACUGGUUACUCAUCUACAAUGCAAAAUGCAUUCAACGAGCGAGCUUUAGAAGCUAUAGAGCUUGAUGGAGGACUUGGACGCCAAAGGAAGCUUUGGAAAUGGGCUUGUUUUUGUGCUUCCGAGAAAAUAGCGUCAAGUGAAGGGGGGAGAUAUGAGAGUGCCGUUUUUGCUGCUCAGUGUGGCAAUGUAAACCAUAUGUUACCUGUUUGCGCCGACUGGGAGUCGGCAUUUUGGGCUCUUGUGAGGUCUUGGCUAGAUACUCAAAUCGAGUUGGAGCUUUCUGACCGACAUCCUUCAAGCACGAUCGAUUCAUCUUCCACUUGGCCCGACCCUGUUGUUGAGCAGCAACCUCGUGAUUUUAUCAACUUGUUUCAAAAGCUGUACUCUGGUAAUCUGGUUAGUGAAAGUGUGAGACGGAGCUGUAAGGAACAACAUCGACUUAUACAGAUGCACGUUGUGGUCUCUGAUAUAGCAGCGUUACUGGAAAUGCUGAAAACGUGGAUUCUUCCCAGUCGAGACGACAGUUCUAACAUCAAGCCACACGGGCAUCCUCAAAUGAUCCGUUUCGCCGCACAUCUGGUUCUGGUGCUGCGGUCGAUUCUUCCGGAAGGAUUGAAGGAGCAAUACGCUGACAGGCUUGAAUUGGUUGGAGAUUUAAUCCUGAACACGUACGUGAUUUUUCUGUUCACGCAACAGAAGGAAGAGCUCGUUGGCCCUUAUGCCUCUCAUCUAGCCCCGCACUUGUGCGUGGACCUUUACGUGCAUAUGAUGGAGCUACGGCAGAAUGACAGCGAGAUGGUAAAACGUAAAUUGUUCUCCUCAGCAAUGGAAUAUCUGCCAUUCUACGAUGACGGAAAAAAGGGAUCCGUGUCGGCUAUAUGUAAGAGUUUCUUGGAUAAGUCGCGUGAACUCAAACCAUCCGUUAGUAAUGUGAAAGCUGAAGACUCGGAGAGGGUGGAAAACUUACAGAAAGGACAUUCUGUGCAAUGGAUGUGCUUUACUCCUCGAGCAGGUCUACCAGAUUCAGAGCUAAUGAGGAUAGAGUUACUUGCUCUUGCUUUACAGCACAGUAACAUUUUGUUGCGAGAGAUCUCACUAACGUCACUAUGGCGUAGUGUUGAGAUUCCGGAAGGCUCGCAAGCACUUUUUGGACAUCUUGCGGCACCAUUAAAAGAAGAAGCAGAUUCUGUACUUCUGCACGAGAACUACGACACAAAAGAAAACUACCAAGAGUUUCUUGAUUGGCAAGAAUACUUUUCUUGCGACGCACAUUAUCGAAGCUGGCUAUCAACAAUUGAGAACUUCAGUUCACCCGAAGAAAGAGCAAAGUCUUUUGCUACUGCGAGACAAGCCCUUGACACAGCCACUGCUUUUCUUCACAAUAGCGAAGGAAAGUGGCUUCUGGGAUCUGAAGUCAUUAACGAUGAAGCCUUCGAAUCCGUGGAACUUUUUGCCACUGUCGUUUUAUCGAGACCAUCGGAUCCUUACUUUGUUCCAGACCCUACAGUUUGCACUGCUCUGAACAGCGCAUUGUAUUUGUGCAUGGGAGAGCUGGCUUCCAGUCAACGUAACUUGACGGUGAAUGUGGCUGUCAAUCCUCAGAACAAUAUGUUACUGGACAUAGAGCUCAAAUGUGCGGCUCUUGAAGGGGAAGGCAUUGAAUCACUUGUAUCAAGUGAUGGUGGAUUUCUGUCAGCAAUCAUGGCUGCUGGCAUUAAAGGAGAACUUCCACAUUUCCAUCCUGGUGUUGCGAUAGAAGUUCUUCGAAUGGAUGCGUUUUCUAUUCACUCGGAUGGUGUACGCCGGGAUGCUCCAUUCGUGGCGCGGGGUAUUUGCCGUCGUUGCUGCCUUCCAGAACUUGUGCUACGAUGCAUGCAGAUUCGUGCCUGGCUUCCGGUCUCUGAAAUGGCAGCUAGUGAUGAUCCUGAGGACGAUCUAAUACAACUGGUUGCGUCAGGAGCUCUUCAGGGACUGUUUAGCGGCAGUCAGCUAGAGGAGUUUUUGUUGCUAGAACGGGAGAUUGUUUUGCGGAGAAUGGAGGCUGGAGAAGACGAGCCACGGGUUUCAGAGGCCGAGGAUAUGCUGCAUGAGUAACGCAGCUCUUGGGGAGAUGGGAAAGUAUUCUUGAGCCCGUUUUUUCGAGAAGUGUACUUCUCUGCAGGAAUGCGGUUGAAACCGUCGACCUGUUCAGCGUCAUGCAGUAUUUACUGAAACUAAAUCGACAUGUUAUCAUGUCCAGUCAAAUUUGCAGAGGCUGAUUUAAUUAUCAGCAUCGAGAAGUAAAAAGUAAAAUUUGAAAUAAAAAGAAAACAUGUCUUAACAAAAGUU